AACUGCAAAACUGUGCAGUGUGCUAAGGAGAGUUGUCCACUCUCUACCAAACACAAUAUUGAUUGAUUUACAUUUUACACGGGUAAUUAUUCAAUCAAAUGAACUUAUUUAAGUGACUUUUGUUAAUUAAAGUCUGCCAGACACGAUGUUCUCGUUAAGGAAGUCGAUGGUGACGUCUGCCGUUCGGUACGGCCGAUGGCGAUCAUUUUUAACGGACGCUUACAGAUGUGAAGACGUAUGGCAACAACGGUUGAGCUGUCCGUUGUUGAAAAAAGUCGACCACGAGACCAUGUACAGCAAACUGUCAAAUUUAUUUGACAAUCAUGCCAAACAGAUAAGCGCUGUAGACCUGGACGUGUUCGCCAACUCGUUGACUGACGCCACGUAUUUGGACGAGUUGGAUGAUUUAACUCACAAGUUCAGGUUGUCGUCCCAGGCAAUGACAUUGCUACCGUCUACACAUCAUGCUGUAGUACGGAUUUUCUUAGAAACCAACAAAGUCGAAGACCUUAUGAGAAUACUCAAAGACAGAUUGAAUUACGGCAUAUUUCCCGAUUAUUAUUUAAACAACUUGCUAAUGGAUAAGUUUUUGAAGGAAAACAAUUUCCGCGAUGCAGCUAAAAUCGCUGCCAAUCAAAUGUUACAAGAAGAAUUUGACAACGAAAUUACCAAAUCCCUGGCAUUAUAUUCGUGUGUCAAAUACAUAACAAAUCCAACCGAUUGGGGAGAAGUCGAUGAUGUCGUAACUGAAGAUCAAAAAGAAUCUGACGACGAAGAAGAAGAUACAAGAGUACGUGUCGGUUUUCUGAGAAAUCCAUAUUUCGAUGGCCAUUUCGACUUGAAAGAAGCCGAUCAGUUAAUAGGAAAAACUUUAGUGGCGCUUAGUAAGAACAGUAAUGUAACUAUUGGAAAUAGUAUUAAGGUCAUCGGCUUGGCCUACUAUAACCAAUGGGACAAACUGAUAGAUUUCUUGAUUACGCUCGAUAGCGCUGUGUUUCCGGAGACGGUCCAAUUAGGACUUGCUACUGUAGAUAAAUACAAACCAGGAAACGCUGAACACCUGACAACUGCAUUCAAUAAAUUAAAAUUAGACACUAGUAGUUUGGUUCUAGAAGCUGAAAAUGCUGUUAAAGAAUCUGUUGAUGCCAACGAAGAAAAAGAAAUUCAGCUUCAACAAAAAAUUUACAAGGAUUGGGAAACCUUUAGACCCGAAGAAUUAAACAGGCAUUUGGAUCGUCAAAAUAAAAUGAAGAGACUCCAAAAGAUACAACAAAUCAAACAAGAUCUACAAGAAAAGGAACAAGUAUUAUUCUUUUUCGAUGAAGAAAGCAAGUACGAUCUAAUUAAAGAAGAGAAAAUGAAGAGAAUGAAGAAAAAGGUGGAAAGAAAGAAUCCCAAGGAAGACAUUACUUAUAUACCUCCAGAAAUUCGGCAACCGGGAUUUAAGCGUGAAUAGACCGAUACAAGUCAUUCUAACAUUUUUAAAUACAUAAUUUGUUUAGAUUGAAGGCCAUUCAUUCAACAUUCUCAAAUUUGACUGAUGAGAAUUUGGUAUGUAUCAUUAAUUAUAAAUUAAGUAAAAUAUACAAUUUAUAUUUGUUGUUUUUUUAAUAUACGAGUAUUUUGCUUGUUAGUA